AUGUCACAAGGUAUUAAAACUUUACAACAAAAACGUACACAAUUGCGCGAUGCGAUUGUCAGAAUUCGAACAAGUGGUGAACCUACUUUUGGUGUGGUUAAUGAAAAUGAUCGAGACGAUCAAGCACGAAUAUUUGUUCGACGUCUGUUAGCAGAAGCAGGAGUUAAUCAAAGGCAAUUUGCGGCUCUCAUUGGUUCACAUACUUCGAACUUCAACCAAUGGCUUAAUCAUCCAGGUGAUCGCUUCAUAGAAUGUCUUCGCGUUAUUCGUUUUCUUACUCAAUUAUUGUACGAAAUUUACGACGAUAUGAUAGCAACAACACUUCAAAAAGAAAAUGAUCGAGAUAAAGACGAUGAAGAAGGUGCAUCAGGUGCAUCGGCAAUUGUUGGUGAGGGAGAGGCAGCAGUUUCGUUUGGACAAAAGAAUAUUGAAGAACUUACAUCAGCAAUUAGUGGUUUAAGCACCAAGGAAAAGCAAGCCUCUGUGAAGACAGCUGAUCGAAUUGACGUUGAACCUAAACACAAACCAUUGCCAUAA